AUGUCAAUUAAUCAAGCACAUUAUCAAGGUGGUCUUUUACUUUAUCAAGGUGAACAAAUUGUUAAUCAUUCUAAAAAUGUAACAUUAACAUUUGAUGAUGCAAGUCGUCAAUGUGGUGAAGUAUUUCGUGGAAAACAUAAAGGAAAAGUAUUUGUAACAACUCAUCGAAUGAUCUUUCUUAGUGAUGAUCAACGAGAUAAUUUACUUUCAUUUGCUGUGGCUUUUAUGUAUAUGAGAAAUUUACAUGUUGAACAACCAAUAUUUGGUGCUAAUUAUAUAUCUGGUAUUGCUGCUGCACAUCCAAACGAAAAACAUAGUAAUAAAUUUCAUUCAUUAGAAGUAUGGAAAUGUUUAUAA